UCACCUUUCUUUUGAUCGCAGCAUUAGCAAGCAGCUAGCUCCUAUGCUAAGUUGAUCUGUAGUUAUGUUGUAGUGAGUGUGUCCGCGUCGCUACCACAAUGUCAAAACAACAUGGCGGAAAUCUGAAGCAGGAGACUCUAUUUUCAUUUGAACUUAUAGUGGAAUACAUUCAAGUUGACAGCGACAAUACUGUUUCUGACGCGCUAGCUGUUGGAGUACGACUGUUGGACUUCCCAACGCUGCUCAUUUAUCCUCCUGAUCUGAGAGGUGAUGACGCGACCCAGCACCAACAGAACAACCACCAUGCCAUAGGAGGGCUAUAUUCAUUUAACAGAGGCAAGUCAUGUUUCUUCCAAAUGAAUCUGGACACUCUGCAUACGCAACUCUCAAACACUCCUCUCUAUUUGAUGAUUCUGGAUGUGAAAGAAGAUAUACCCAAAUUAGUUGGGACCUCCCUCAUCUCACUGGCUAAAAUCAUGGACCGAAUCAGACAAGAUGCCAACGACCAUGGUGUUUCUACGUGCUCCUCAUAUGGUGAAAGGGGACUUGUGUGCAUAAACAACCUUGCAGAGGAGACUGUUGGAUCCAUAUCUUUGAGUUUUAAACUAUUAAUUGUUGGAGCCAGUUUACUGACACAGGUGACUAAAAGCAUCCCAGUCUACAGAGAACAGAGUGCUCAGGAGGUUGACAUGAAGAACAGUUCAAAAAUACCUUCUGGCUGUAAGGGAGUUCAGUUGCCCACACUGGACAAUCCUGAUAGAGACAUUCUAAACAGUGGGAAUAAUGUGGAUAGGCAGGCUGUGUCCACCCAGACAGAACAUGAUCCAAUCAUCCAAAUUCCUCACACCAUCCAAGAAGACGAGAAAGGUUUUGAUGAGGACCUUGCUGUAUUUUGCCCCCCACGUCUUUACUAUUGUAAUCCUGGGAAGGAGAAAACUCAAGGAGUGCAGUACAAACUGUUUAAACCAGACUCAAAGUUUGUAACACACAAAGACACAUUCUCUGAAAAUGAAAGUGACACUUCUUCAGUGAUGGACAAGUCAGUGGAACCUGCAGCCGAAAUACCAGUAGACCAUCAAGCAAGUGUUAAUCGAAAUGUCCUCGAGGAAGCCUUGAGACCGCUGCCUCUUUUAAAUGCUCUUCUUGUCGAGUUGUCUCAGUUAAAUGUCCAGAACCUACAUCAACAACAGCCAAAUCAUCCUAACUUGGCUAGGAUUUGUAGGCCUGCAUUUGCAGAGCCUUCUCAUGGCCAAGGGGGUGCAAAAAUGUCAAAAAGCAGGCCAUUGCAGGAAACCACGCAGGGAGGUAGUCAUUUAAAACAUUUAUAUUCCCCCAGAGAUGUUUCUCCCCAAAAUGUGAAGCAUGCAUCUGAAAACAACAAAAAGGAGGCUUUAACUGAGAGUAAAGCACACAGAAAAAAGUUAGUAUAUGGAACAACAAGAACAUUCAAUCUAAGGCUGCAGAAACACUCCACUGUGGUGAAACAUCGUGAGUGUAUGAUGACACACAUGCACAAUGAGCUACAGUCAAGUAAAGGGAAGACAAAAUGUCCAACCAAAAGUAAGAGCUCAGUUUCCAAAGAAAAUCUGAAGAAGACACAAAAUGUGGAAGCGGUCUCUGUAGUGCAGGACACCACACCACUGCUAAAACGUGCAGAUGAAUCUGUCUCAGAAAGUCCUAAGCAAGACAGUGAAUAUCAGCACAUUUCCAUCCCCAUACCUCGUGUGGCUUGUCAAGAUGAUGCCACAAACUACAAGCUUCCAGAAACAAACCAGGCAUGGCCUAAAUCAGAGAGCCUAAGUGAUGAAUCUUCAAGAAGUAGUAGACACAGCAGCCACAGGUCUUUACUAUCAGACUCCAGCAGAGAAGGAACCAAAGUAGAAGACUACAUAGAUGACUUUGACAGUUUUGAAGCCAGCGACGCAGACACCACCAGCAGCAGUCCUGAGCAUGCUCAAGCUGAGCCUCCGAAGGCUCCAGUUCUCCGCAGAUUCCGCAGUUCAGAGUCGGGCUCAGAAUCGGUCCGGGAGAGACCCCUUCUUCCUGCACCCAUCAGAGCUCACAGCCCCUUACACCGGGUUCUGAGAGGCACGCACAUCAUCCGAACAUUAGACUCUGCACUCAGAUUUUCCUCUGAUGAGGAAGAUAAGGAAGGAUCAGCCACUGUACACACGGUACACUCCCAGAAAGAAGCAAAGGAGGGGGGAUCUGGAGCAAAGAGUCACAUAUCAUUGAGAGGUCAAAGGAGUGAAUCCGACAAGAGCAGCAGCAACAUUCAACAAAAUGAUUCACAAUCUGAGUGCUCUGAUUCGCUAGAGGCUGAAGAAAUGGAAGACGAGCUUGGAUCUCUGGACUUGAGAAAUGAGUAUCAGCACAUAUCUGAGCUUGUGGCCUGCAAACUGCCUGGUUAUACAAUGUAAAUACAACGUAAAUACCACAUUCUAUUUUCAGGCUUCAUGGUUUUCUAGUAUUGCACAUAGUAUUGUUUGUAUCGAAGUAAUGUGUACAUUUUAAUUUUAAAUAAAUACAUUGAAUAUAGAAAACAGUUGCUCGGCUCUGUCUUUAAUUAUUGAU